GCCGAGUAAAGUGUCGUUUGGUGUUAGUUGUUCGGGCAAAAUGUUGGAGUUCUACACGAAUUUGAAUCCCGGAUUGAUGCAGGAGGGCAUGCAGCCUCCGCUCACUUGCACUGGGAGGACAGAGCUGAGCGCCAGCAUCAAACGGGAAAAGAUCGUGGAAAUCUGCGAAGGAUGCGGUCAGAAGAUUCAAGACAGAUAUCUGAUGCGGGUGGGAGAGCUGUCCUGGCAUGAACACUGUCUGAGCUGCUGCGUCUGCGGCUGCCCCCUCGCCCACACCUGCUACACGAGAAACGCCAAGCUCUACUGCAAACCAGAUUAUGAUAGAUUAUUCGGAGUCAAAUGCACAAGGUGCGGCGACAGACUUCUACCCCAAGAAAUGGUGAUGAGAGCCCAGCAGUACGUCUUCCACAUACAAUGCUUCGUGUGCGUGAUGUGUUGCCAACCUCUUCAGAAAGGAGAGCAAUACGUGAUCAGAGCUGGCCAGAUAUUUUGCAGACAGGAUUUUGAGAAAGAAAUGUAUCUGAUGCAGCAUGCUGAGGACGAUAUGAUCAUUGAUGACUCAGAGCGUCCUCGGGAUGGACGACGAGGUCCAAAACGCCCUCGCACAAUACUGACCUCAGCACAACGAAGGCAGUUCAAAGCUUCUUUUGAAGUCAGCCCAAAGCCAUGUCGCAAGGUGAGAGAAGCGCUUGCAAAAGAUACCGGUUUGAGCGUCAGGGUCGUUCAAGUCUGGUUCCAAAAUCAGCGAGCUAAGAUGAAAAAAAUACAGCGCAAGGCCAAACAAGAAGGAGACAAGAACACGGAGAAGGAAAAGGACAAAGAUGAGAAGAGUAUAAAACAAGAGUCGCCGUCCAGCGAGCAUGGCAACUAUUUGGGAUUGGACGGUUCAUACUCCGCAUCGAGCCAGCCUCUCAAUCCAAAUCUGCCAUAUUCCCCCGAUGACUAUCCAGCCCAUUCCGGAGACAGCUUCUGCAGUUCAGAUAUAUCUCUAGACGGCAGCAAUUUUGACCAAUUGGACGAGGGUGCGUCCGAUACGAUGAGCCUUCAAAAUCUGGAGGUUCAACAUCACCCACACCAGCACGGAGGCCACCAGGGUCACGAACCCCUGAACCUUGGUACCGGAGCCGUGGUCAAUCCAAUAGAUAAACUGUACCUAAUGCAGAAUUCCUACUUCAGUACGGAUCAUUGAUUUUCUGGCAGCCGUGGUGCUGGCCGAAGAUCGAGGGCUGGCCAACGGCUGCGCCACCCGUCGGCUAUGGAUCUCUGCAUCAAGUCCACCGCCACGGUUACCAACAUCACGCCAUCGUUCACUGAUACUAAUGCGCUCAUGACUUCAGCAUUGAACCUCAAAUAUUAUGAUGAACAUUACUAAAAGUUUUUAAAAUAUUUACAAUUCAAAACAAUAAAAUAUUCCUAUCGGACCAUCUAAAAGUUCUAUCAGUGAGAAAAAUAGUUGAUUCGUUUUAAUAGUGUAGUUGGUCUGAGUGGAAGGACUGAAGAAUCAUUAGAAAUCCUUAGACAUUGAAGUAUGCAUAAAGAAAACGUGGUUUAUUUAAAGACCAAUACGUAUAUUUACUGGUCUGAAUCACAUUACAACCACGAUUUUUAAACGAAACUAACAUAGCUUAAGAAACUACGUUACCCUUUUAAGAAAUUCCGGCUAUUUUCACUGUAGGCAUCUUAGAAUUGUUUGCUUUUUUUUCUUACAAGAUGAAUAAAACCUUGGGUACCAGUCAAUACUCAGAAUUAUUGACUAAGUACAUUUGGGUAGAUGGUUUACACAAGAUUAACAGCGUAAACAAAAAAAAAAUUAACUUUAGUAACCAAAAAAAGAAAUACUUUUUUGACAGAUGUAAAUAAGAAUAAGUAGCUUGAUAUGUAAAAUGUAAAUAUUGUACAUAACAUAUAAGAUAAUAUUUAAAUUAUACAGUAAAUGUUGAAUACUUGUGGCUUCUGUGGCUAUAAAUAUAUUAAACCUAGAAUAGCCGCAAGAUAAUGAUUUAUAGUAGGAAUAUUACCUAUGUGAAGAUUUUUUGUCUACUUCUAUAGUUGAGCACAUAAACAUUUAUUUAUUUAGUGCUCUAGGUAAGCAAGUAAUAAUUGUACAAAAAAUAUAAAUUACCGUGAAAAAGCUCAUGCUGCAAGCAUAAAUUGUUGUAGGUAGAUAUACGAAAAGUUUAGUAGAACAUUUUUCGUUUAUUUACUGCAAUUAAUAUAUUAUAUUCUAGUCAAUAUCUAAUAGUCUACAUCUCUUUCCUUCGAAGGUACGGUUUGUGUAAGUAGCUAUGUAAAUAAAUUAACUAAAAUGUAAAAUAAACAAUAUCACACCAAUUUCUCUUAAGUUCGAAAGUAAUUAUGUAUAUGAGAAGGGACGAGACUGUUUCGUUAGAUUAUAUUUGAUAGGAAGGAGAGACAGAAAGAUGUGAAAUUAGAUUUCAGAGUGUACUGUUGCCAAAUAUCUUUAAGUUUGAUAAGAAAACACUCGACACUGCCAUGGUUUCUGUGGUUAAGGGAAGGAAAAAGAAAAGAACUAGUCUAGAAUUUUGUAUGUUUUUUUCUGUUCUUUAUAUCGUCACUUUAUUCUUUAGGUAUCUGGGUUUAACUGAAUGUUCAGUAAAACAUUUAGAAAAAUAAAUUGAAUAGGUAGCCGGUGAUUGUAUAAGAAUAACGAAGUAAAAUAUAUCCUCAGUUAAUGUGUCAAUAGUGGGCAUUUUGUAUCCAACGCCUAUAAAUAAUUUGUUCACCAAUAACCUAUAAAGAAAUUCAAAUUUAAAAGUCAUACAUAACCACAUCUUAAUUUUAUCCCUGACGAAAGAGACAUGUCAAGUAGUCUCGCAAAGCCUUGAAGUCAUGUCGAGCUGGAUAGUUCAAAAUGGAAAAGAAGAAAUUGAUUUAGAAAAUUCGAAACAAAAUAAGCUGCAGCCAAUAUUAUAUAUGUAAACCUAAUAAGAAUUCACCAAAAAAUUAAAGUAUUUUUGAGGUCUGUUUUCGGAGAAAAAUAGCUGCUAAGGUAGCUUUCGACCUUCUGAAGUAGAAAGAUACUUAGAUAUCUGGAAUCUAAGUAGGAAAAAUGGCCACUUUGGUAUAUUGCCUGGAAAUUCUGUAUAACAAUUCUAGUCAAACG